AUAUUAGAUGGACUAAAUAUGAUUUGGCUUCCAACUCGAAGAUAGUUACUAUACAAGUGUCAUGCACAAACUGUAUGAAGCAACUUUACUAUGGAGAGAUGACUCAGCCUUUUUAUAGUAGAACACAGGAACAACUCAUGUCAAAUCAUUUCCUGCCUCCAAAUUAAAGAAGCAGGUUCCUAUAGUGCAACAAUUGUUCUGCUUUCCUAAAACUGAAACACCGCAGGGACAUAAACGCAACCAGUGCAACCGGUUCAGUUCCUCAAAGUGUCUCUUGAUAGUCUGGCACUUGUUCGUUAGUUUUAAUGUUGUCUUCAAGUUUUGUUUUCAGUUCAUUCUACGUUGAUUCUGUUUCCAGUGGGUUGGUUGGUUUGAAUAGUUUUUUUUUUGUUUUAGUUUCAGUUUUAUUUCAGAAUUAAAUUUUAUGAAGGCAACCGAGACACAGACUUAAUAAACAUUUGCUCCAGGUGUCCACGCAUACAAUAUAGUUUCAAUUUGUGUUUUGUUUUUACUUUCAGUCAGCUCAAAACUUUUUAGUUUUAGCAAACUAGUAGCAGCUUCAUAACCCCAUUUGGGCCCCACGUGCGGCAAGAAGUUAUCAGUUGUGACAGGAAGGCUGUACAUCAAAGUGAGACACCUAACGCUCAAGCCUACGCGAGGCCACGCCUCGAAAACCAACCACCAAAAACAGAAGCGGCCGCUGAAAACACCAAAAAUAGAGAAGAGGAGGUGAGUGCCAUAAUAACAGACACUCCUCUGAGAAAUGUACGGUUGCAUUAAAAAACCUGACCAACCAGAUUCAAACAUCACACACCUCCAGGCAGACUGAACACAGAAAGCUGUCAAACUACGAUGCCUGGUCACGUUGAAGGAACGCAAAGAAGAUAUGGACACGAAAGGUAACCACUUCAAGGUGUGUAAGAACGAAUUUUACUCCGCGAUUAUCGAUGAAGAUUUGGGACGCUUAACAGACCUGCUGAAGAAGUACUGGAGCAACUUUGUCAGUGAGAUACAAGGCGGCCCAUCGGGAGAAUCUCCAUGGAAGGGCGUUGCUACACUUCCCCUCCAUCUGGCUGUCUCUUACAGGAGACUAAAGAGCGUGCAGAGUCUGCUCUCAGCAGGGAUGGACACUGAAAUGAGGGAUCGAUUUGGUCAGACCCCUCUACACUUGCUGAUAAGUUGCUGGCAGAGCAUCCCGCCCUCCCUGGCUGAUCCUCAAUCCAAGUUUCACACAGUUAUGAUUGGCAUGCGCAGACAGGCAGAGGCCUGUUUACGUCUCCUCUGUGAGCACGGUGCUAACGUCAAUGCAGAGGAGGGAAAAAGUCAGCAGACGCCUCUCCACAUGUCAGUACGCCACAACGCUCUCUCUGCCAUCCAGAUUCUGUCCAGCUACGGUGCCAACGUGAACGCUGUGAGCUGCAGCGGGAUGACCGCCCUACACAUGGCUGCCGGAGUUCUCCGUAAGGAUAUCAUCGUCAGCCUGAUACGGCAGGGGGCGGACGUUAACAUGAGGUCGCAGCAGUCUGGAAACACUCCUCUGCACCUAGCUGUCGGGGCAGUGGCCAUGAAGACCACCAGGAUCCUAGAGGACGACAUCAGCUGCAUCACAGAGUUGACCGAGCGGGGGGCGGAGCCCAACAUAGCCAACGCGGCUGGAAUGACGCCUUUGCAGGAGGCGUGCAGCAUGGGCAACGCGCAGCUGGUGGACCUGCUGCUGAGGUACGGAGCCGACAUCAACAAACUGAGCCACGCGGGGGAGAGCUGCCUGUUCCUGUUCCUGAACCGCAGGGCCAAUUUAAAGAACGGCUCCCUGCUGGUGAAACUCCUCAACCUGACCUCGCCGCUCACCAUCCACAACCGGAGCGGCCACCUGCCCUCCACCCUGACGCUGCCGUGCUUCUUCAAAGAGAGGGACCAACUACUGAAACUCACCGAGCAGCCAAAACGACUUCAGGAUAUUUGCAAGAGUCACAUUUAUCUGAGGCACGUCGAAGGCAAAGCGGGGGAACUGAGAGAGGUCCUGCCUACGAGGCUGUAUGACUUUGUCCUCAACCACUGGGAGAAUAUAUACAACAUCUCCUUUGUGACAGAUGGAGAAGAGAGUGUCUGACAUGUGCAAGUAUCAUUAAUGAAAGUUAGCACCCUUACCUUCAGG